UUCGCUCAGCAAGUUCUCGGCGCGCGCGUGGCCAGCCUGUUCCGUCUUUUUCCGCCAUUACAUAGACGGCGUUAGCUAGCCCGCGGAGAUUUCUCCGCUGAGAAGUAGAUCUGACGGACGCGACGCCUUACCGACGCUCGGCGUCGUCGAUCUGAGCCCAGGCACUGGCGAGUCGAAGUUACAAACCGUGAGUUAUUGCGGUCAGCGUAAAACCGAUCCUUGUUUUGUCGGAGUGCUGCUUCCCGCCCGAGUAUACGCAGUCGAUUAUAAUAACGCGCGCGCGCGUGUGUGUGUGCGUGAAAGCGCGUGUAACGUACACGGUCGUUACUGGGAAAAAAGUGAACGAGAACGCCGGCGGAUAUGGAAAACAGACCGGCGCCGCUCCGUUCGCGGCGCGUCUGCCGUUUCUGUUUGACAGAAUCCGAGCCGUUGAGUUACAUCUACGAGCGCGAGCACAACAAACCGUUCCAGGUGCCGCUCGCCCUGCAGAUCAUGUCGUGCGUCGCCAUCGAGGUGUACGCCGCGGAUGGGAUGCCGCAAAUGAUUUGCAACAUGUGUCGAUGGAACAUAGACCGCUCUUACAAAUUCAAGCUACAAUGCAAAAAAGCGGACGAGGCUCUUAGAGACUAUCCUUUGUCGGGUGUGCUUCCAAGACCUUUUCCUCCAAUUUCCGUUGAUCCGCCGUCGGACGUGGGCGGCAAGAGAAUCGCCGAGUCCAGACCGUCGCCCAGCGAUUCGAAGAAACCCCGGUUUGAAAACGACAACUCGGACACGAAAGAGAGCCGGGAGAGAGAGAAGCAGGAGGAUGCGAGAGAGAAAUCGGACGAGUUUUACGAAGAGGAGCAGUACGGAAAUAGCGAGGGCGAGAACGAGGAACGUGACGAGAGGAACAAGGAGGAGACGAAGCUCGAACCCGGAGAGAUCAGAGUGCACGCGUGCGAUCAGUGCGAACGCACGUUUCCUCUCCGUCAGGCGUUGAUGUUGCACGUUGCUCGCGCUCAUCGCGAGCGCAACUUCAAAUGCACCGACUGCGAACGCACGUUCUUCACGAAGUACGAUCUCAGCAAGCACAUGAUCACUCAUUCGGAGGAGAAGCCGUUCUCGUGUCAAAUCUGUCAGAAGCAGUUCUCGCGUCAGAACUUUCUGAUUCGUCACGAGAAGGUGCAUCGGGAAGAGACGCGCUACGCUUGUCAACACUGCAGCCGUGAGUUUUUCACCACGGAGGAGCUCGAGAAACACGAGGAGGCGAUGCACAAGAAGGAGAAACCGUUUCAGUGCAACAUUUGCAACAAGACCUUCCAAUACAAACAGGGUCUGGAGCGACACGAGAUGAUACACAGCGACGACAAGACAUUCGUUUGCGAUUAUUGCAAAGAAGCCUUCCACACCAGCACCAAGCUGGCUCGUCAUUUGAACACGCACGCCGGUCGCAGGCCGUAUCUCUGUAAGCUGUGCCCGCGCACGUUCUUGCUCUCACAUCACUUGACGAGACAUAUGCGCAGCCAUUCGGUGGAGAAAAAUCACGUGUGCGAGGAUUGCGGCAAAGCGUUUAAACGCAAGGAGAGUUUGGAGGUGCAUCAACUGACGCACACAAAACGCUCGGGAAUGGCUCUCACUUGCGACGUUUGUCAGGAGUCGUGUCGCAAUCGCGCCGAUUAUGUUACUCACAUCAAACAGCACAUCGAGGCGGGCGAGAAGAUGGGGCCCGAUCAUAUACAACCCGAGAACAAGAACACGACCAUUGAAUUGGAUUCGGACGAGGAUGACGAGGAAGAGGAGGAGGAUCAAUAUUCCGACGACGAUUAUCGUCCACCGUCGUACUUGUCGAAGAAACUGCCGAAACCGCCGGUGAAGCCGCCGUCGGAAAGCGAUGAAGAUGACGACGAGAAGAAAGAAGAUAGAGAAGAAAAAUCCGAGAGGCAAGAAAAAGAAGACCGCAAGGAACAGGUGGUGUAUUUGCGCGGCAAGGACGGUUUGAUGAAGAAAACGAUCAAGACGUUGAUGCCAAUUCAACGUCGUGAAGUUCAAGAUCAGAUGUCCACGAAACAGAUCUCUCCGGCACGAUCCUUUUCCCAGAAGAGUUCGCAAAUGAAGGAGGACGAAACUGAGAUGCAAGUACAGAAGAUCGUCGCGUCGGUGUUCAAGGAGCACAAAAUUCCACUGAAGCAGCAACCGAAUGCUGGUCAGGAUCAACAAAAGGAUUCAUCGACGUUAGCGACUAAAUCCCAGUCUGCUUCCCAGGAGACUCGCAAGGACGACAAGUCAGAGAUCAGUGGCGCGACACCUACUGCGAAAACGGUGAAGGUGAUCAAGAGGAUUGUGUUGAGAAAACCGUCAGGAACUCCCGGAACCGGCGGAGGAAACAGCGUCGAGGGAACGCCAGUUGCUACGAAGGACGCGGAUGGUUUGGUGACCAGCACACCGGUUUCUCAUGGAAAGAUCAAGCGCGUGAUCGUGCGCAGAAUUAUUCGACAGGGCGACAAAACUCGAGAGGUGGUUAUGAACGCGGACGGCACUGUCAUAGAUCCUGCAGAGCUGGCGAAAUUGCCGACCGGCAACGUGGUUAAGCGAGUGGUGGUGAAACGGCCGCUGGAUAAGAGUCAGAGCCUGGUACAGGCGGUACUGCAAUCCACGGAUCAACAGCAGGCUGCGGACGACGCAAUUCUGAGCGAGAAGUUCGAGCUGAAGACCUCGACAUCGACCAGCAGCGCGAUCACUGGCGCGCCAAAAACUUCGCAAGCUGCAACACCGAAGACGCAGACGAUCACUCAGAGUCAGGAUCAGGAGACCAAGGAGAAGUUGGAACAGUUGGAGAAACGGGUGGAACAACAGAGGUUGAAGAUCGAGGAACUACAAGCGAGAAAAGCGCAACAGGAUUACGAGACGAUUGACGAGAUGCCGGAUCGACACGACGAGUCUGAGGAUGAGCAGCAGCUGCCGCUGAAGAGGGUGUUCGUCAAGCGGAAGCAGAGUAUCUACGACGAGGAGCGGGAGUAUAAUGACGAUGAAACGACAUCAUCGAAGCGUCAGAAGACUUCAGACGAAGUCGAAACUGUUGUAAAAGAAGAGGAGAGACCUGAAGAAGCAGUGGAGAAAGUUCUAAAGGAAGUCCCCGCCACGACAAAAACGACGACGACGACGACGACGACAGCGACGAUAGCGACGAUAGCGGCGACGGCGACAACAACGAGCGGUGAGAGCACCGCUACGACAACCAACAGCAGUACGACAGUUUCGAAAAAGGGCCCGACAAUUUCUAGCAACAAAGUGUAUUCUAAUAAACGUUACAUGAUUGUCAAACCUGGCGAGACAUCGGAAGUGGAGGAGAUGAGUCGCGAGUUGUGCAGCAUUCUCGAAACAACCGACAGCGUGGUGAAGAUGCAGGAAACGGUGCUGAGCAAUUUGACGCAAAUCUCGGGCAUUGCGUCGACGCCGGAGGUGGUCAGCGAGACAUCCGCGAAAACUUCCACCGAUCAGCCGAUGGAAGUCGAAGAGCCGAUACCUCAGGAAGAUUGCGUGUUACAGAUGGAAGAUUGCGACGUCGAGAUAAAAACCAAGACAGAAGUGGAAGAUACAACGGAUACGGAGAUAAAACUCGAGGAAGAAACCACGCAGGUGAUCGCGGUGCAGGAGUCGCAGGAGCAAACUCUGACACUUGACACGCAGGAUCUUGCCGAGGCUACGGCUAUAUUCGAGCCGUCGGACGACGUGCUGGAAGUACAGAAAUCGAGCGAGAAUCUGAACAAUGCAUCCGUCAUUGAACUGUCUCAGGGUAACGACACCAUCAAUCUAAACGAUACCCAAGAUAGUCAAGACAGUUUAGAGGACAAGCUCUCGCAAAUGGAGGGUUAAAAUUCUCUACUAAAUCCUUAACGAGACCGAUUUAGAUGCGAAUAUCGUGAUUUUGUGACGAGUAAAACAAAAAACAAAAAAAAAAGAGCUGUGGUCCGAAGUUUAUUAUUGUAAGAACGUACCGAGAACUCGCGCGAUAUCAAGUUCAAAUCAUGGGAUCGCUUUUAAUAAUUAAUCUGGACUGGUGAGAUUUUUACCAAUUGAAAUUACCUUUGUCGUAUACUUUUUUUUUUUAUCGUUUACUACGCGAUGAGUUGCAACAUCGGAAUGUAUGACAUAACAGGUAGUGCAACAUGACGAUCGUGCUAGAAUGAGAUAUUUUACAAACGCGUCUAUUGAGAACAAUAGAUCUUUCAGAUGUUUUUUUAUUGCUUGGAUGAAAAAAAUUAAGCAGCAAAUUUCCGCAAAUUACACACAACGUGUAAGAGAAUUUUGAGAAUUUAAAUUGUCAUCAAUUUUCUAUUUAAUGUAAAACAAUUUUUGUCUCUCCAAUCGCUCGUUAUAUUUUCGGAUCGCAACGAGAGAAAUAGAGAAAGAUUACAAUUACAAUGGAGUCGUGCUCGCGUUGAAAUGUUUACCCUUGCGAAUGCGAACAAAUUUAUAGCGUAACUAUAUCGAUAUUUUUUUUUUUUAUGUCGGUAAGUAUAAAAUUGAGUUUCACAUACACAUCGAGAUUUUUUAAUCAAUCGUAUAGAUUUCUUUUUUUUUACUCUUAUCCAAGCA